CCGGCCGGUGAGCGGGGCGCGGCGGGCGGGCCGGGAGCCCCGGACAGCGGGCCCGGAGCCCCGGACAGCGGGUCCUGAGCCCCGGACAGCGGGCGCGGGUGGGCAGGGCCCGGGGAGACGCUCCGGCGGCGGCCGCGGGUCCCGCCAUGGCGGCGGACUCGGAGGUGCUGCACUUCCAGUUCGAGCAGCAGGGCGAUGCCGUGCUGCAGAAGAUGAACCUCCUGCGGCAGCAGAACCUCUUCUGCGACGUGUCCAUCUACAUCAACGACACGGAGUUCCAGGGGCACAAGGUGAUCUUCGCAGCCUGCUCCACCUUCAUGCGGGACCAGUUCCUGCUCAACCAGUCCCGGCAGGUGCGGAUCACCAUCCUGCAGAGCGCAGAGGUGGGCAGGAAGCUGCUGCUGUCCUGCUACACGGGCGCGCUGGAAGUCAAGAAGAAGGAGCUGCUGAAGUACCUGACGGCCGCGAGUUACCUGCAGAUGGUUCACAUCGUGGAGAAGUGCACCGAGGCUUUGUCCAAGUACUUGGAGAUCGAUGCUUCCAUGGAGAGCUGUGCCCAGGCUGCAGAGGGGUGCCACUCCUCAGAUGCUGAACUGAGGAAUGGGGAUGAGGCUUUAGAUAAAGACUGUGAAAUAAUUGAGAUCUCUGAAGACAGCCCAGAGAAUGAAGAAUACCCGGUGAAGCAGGAGGAGGGGGAUGGCCCACAGCCCAUGGCACAGAGCUUGGUGUCAGAAAGGAAGGACACAAAAUCCCCAGAAAUAUCAACAGUAGAAAUCGGGUAUAAGGAUGAUGAAAUCUGUAUCUUCAGAAUGGAUUCUGUGAGUGUAGCGAAUGUAGAAAAUGAUCGUUUUCCUCAGCCUUGCACUUCCUCUAAAACAAAUUUGUAUUUCCCAGAAACCCAGCACUCUUUGAUAAACUCUACAGUUGAAAGCAGAAAUACAGAAAUGUCAGGAAAUCACUUCCAGGCUUUUGUCAGUGACAACCCAGAAGGAACUUCUAGCGGGGUAAAUGGGUUCCAGAGCCUGGAGGAUUCUGGCAGCUCGUGGCGGCACCAGUGUCCCAAGUGUCCGAGGGGGUUCCUGCACCUCGAGAACUAUCUCAGACAUCUCAAGAUGCACAAACUUUUCCUGUGUUUGCAGUGCGGCAAAACGUUUACGCAGAAAAAGAAUCUCAACAGACACAUCCGGGGGCACAUGGGGAUCCGGCCCUUCCAGUGCAUGGUGUGCCUGAAGACUUUCACUGCCAAGAGCACACUCCAGGACCACCUCAACAUCCACAGCGGGGACAGGCCCUACAAGUGCCACUGCUGCGACAUGGACUUCAAACACAAAUCUGCUCUCAAAAAGCAUUUGACUUCUGUUCAUGGGAGGAGCAGCAGCGAAAAACCAAACCUGAACAAUAUUACAAAGGUUAAAAUAGACUAUGAUUGACAGCUGGGUGGCUGUGGAGUCAGGCUCCACAGAAAGCUCCUGGCUAGUGAAAUUCUAGAUGCAAUUCCAGCUCCAGAUCCCCAUGUAACAGAGAGAAGCACAAACAGGUGACUGGUGAUCCAAGACAGGCCUUGGGGUAGCAAACUUGGCUGUUCACUUAAGGUUGCUGUUGCUGUCAGUGAAAAAAAAAGGUGUUUCCUAAUUGAAAGUAAACUGCAAAUGAUGGGAAAUUAUUUCAUGCUUCUCUUCUAUUAUUCUGAGCACGUUCUGAUCCCCCCCAAUGAUGUUUUACAUUCCUGGUUUCAAGGGCAGGCACCACUGACUGUCAAACUAUUACUGAUACUGCAAUAAGCUGAAGCCUGAGCCAUGGUGUUGGUGACAACAGCUGAGAGAAGGGGAUGUUUGUGUUUAUUCAGUCCCAUCCAGUUCAUGGAUCAUUUAUGGUGAAAUCAUCUCCUUCCUUGCCCAAACUUUGCUAGAUCUUUCAACAGAAAGAAGGCGUGUUUUCAUGCCCAAGUCUGUGAUGUUUAAGAAAGGAUACACAACAAAAACUUCCUUACAAGGAAGCUUUCAAAUCGCCUCUUGCAAAUAGAGAAUUGGUAAAAGAGAAGUAAACAAACAGUAUUGCCUUGCAGUUCAUUUGUAACUGGAUAGUCCCGUGAGAAGGACUUGCUUUUAGUUUAAGUUCUGAAUUUUUAUAAACUUUCUUAUAAUAGUGCUUUUUUUCUGUCAUACCAGUGUUUUGCGCCUGUAUUUGAGUAAUUUCAAUUAAGUUUAGUCCUGUUUACUGAGUUGUAACAUUUGCCCUCAUUUUUUACAGAUGUUAGAUACAUACACUCGUGAAAUUCAGCUGUGUGCUGUUGCGUAACCACAGUUUUAACAUUAAUUUUGAAAAUUAGCAACAGCUUAGACAUAGGGGUCUCAUACUCUGAUUCUGUGACACGGUAACACAGUAAAGAUGUGUGUUUGCAUAGGUGUGUUUGUGCUUUGUCAAAGCUCAUUUUGGUUUCAUUAUGAUCAUUGAGAGCCCUGUGAUGCAGAGUCUGUAUCCUGAAUGUGUCUUUGACUGGUACAUGUUUCUUCCACUUAAUGUGAUAUAAAUAAAGAGUUAAUUCAGUUGUUAAUAUGA